CUUUUAUUUUAUACCACCAACACCAAAUUGCAUCACAGAAAAUCUGAUACUCUAUACUAAGCUAUCCAUCCAAACUUAACCCCUAAGCUUUCAAUUUCAUUUCACAUCCCACACAAUAAAUACACACUCACCCCCACCGUUUUCUCAAACUCGGCACCAUGGUGGUGUUUGAGAACCUUCCUGAAGGUUGCAUCGCUAACAUUCUCUCCCUCACUUCUCCUCUCGAUGUCGGCAGAUUGGCUCUGGUUUCCUCCGCUUUCAGAUCCGCCGCUGAUUCCGACGCCGUUUGGGAUCGGUUUUUGCCCGAUGAUUUCAACUCCAUCAUUUCUCAUUCUUCCUCCACCGCCGCCGCCGAUUCCAGCUCCUCUUUCAAAUCGAAGAAGGACCUCUACCUCUCGCUCUCGCACAAUCCCCUCAUCAUCGGCGACGGGAAGAAGAGUUUUCAGCUGGUGAAUGGGAAGAAAUGCUACAUGCUAUCAGCUAGGGCUCUGUCCAUUGUAUGGGGAGAUACUCCUAGGUAUUGGAGGUGGAUUUCUCUUCCAGAGGCUAGGUUCUCUGAGGUGGCUGAACUUGUGAGCGUGUGUUGGUUGGAAAUCCGGGGCUGGAUCAACACUAAGAUGCUGUCACCAGAGACUAUGUACGGGGCGUACCUUGUGUUUAAGCCGAGUGGUGGAGCCUAUGGGUUUGAGUUCCAGUCAGUUGAAGUGUCUGUUGGAUUUGCUGGAGGUAAUGCGCAGAGGCGCGAUGUGUACUUCGAUGCUGAAAGGGAACGAAGGCUGAGAUACCAGAUUGUUGCUGGCCGUGCCCCUGCCGGGAUUUUCAACAGAUUCACCAGAGUCGCCAUGGAACCGCCCCCGCCGCCACCACCACAAGUGAUUGUUGAUGAACGUGAGUAUCCAAAGGAGAGGGCAGAUGGGUGGUUGGAGAUGGAAUUGGGAGAGUUCUUUUGUGAAGGAGGAGAGGACAGGGAGGUGGAGAUGGCUGUUUGUGAGGUCAAGGGUGGUGACUGGAAGGGUGGCCUUGUUGUUCAAGGAAUCGAAAUUAGGCCUAAACCAUAAAAGGGUAAACCUGUUGCUCCUGUGUUCAGGUGGGGAAGUCCUGAGAAUGUCAGUUUAUGUCAUCUCUUUUGCUGAAAUUUGAGCUAAACCAUGACUAAACCAAAAUUGCUGUUAUCUCUUUUGUUAGGAUCUUAUCCUAUAUGUUGGUUUAUGUCCUGAUUACUAUGUUUCUUUCGGAAAAAAAACAUUCAUACCUUAAUUUCACCUCAAGAUGAUAGGAAUAGAAGAGAGAAGUGAGAAAGAUGGUGGUGAUAUAAGAAUUAUGUGAAUGAUAGGAAGAAAAAAUUAGCAUAAUAGUUGGUUUCUUUCGGAUGUCAUAGCUCAUAGGAGUCGAUGCAGGGCACAUGAGAACCUCUGUCUACAGCUCUCCCUAGAAAUCGAUGGGAGUGUUGUUUUUGGUUUUUACUUCUAUGUACCUUCAAUUGUCCUCUGGGCACAAUUUUUUACUUAAUUAUGGAAUAUUUAAUUAAUGUUAUAA